GUUCAGCGAUGAGGAGGAGACUGGCAGGCACACCCUCCGGUCGACCGUCGACAGCUGGCUGAAGGACUUCUUCGCCAUGGCCACUGUGAUGUCUGGCCGCCUCGACACGCAGGCGGGCGACUACCUGAACGAGAUCAAGGAGCACUUCCAGAUGCAGUGCCUGCUGGCGCUGGUCUCGGAGCUCAUCGAUAACACCGAGCUGAAGUGCCAGGAGUACCUGAUGUCGUUCAACCAGCACGUCGACCUGUGGAGGGGCUCUUUGGACAAGGCGUUCGAGGCCUUCCUGGGGAAGGACCCGCGGGAGCUCGUGGAGGUCGUCGGCGAGGAGGGCAUGGGCUUCCGGGAGAUCAUGGAGCGGGUUGCCAUCGACAUCGGGCCUCCCAUCCCGUCGCUGGAUGCGUUCGACCAGGAGAUCACCAAGUUCAAGGAGAUGAAGCGGGAGUUGUCGGAACUCAAGACCCCCAUCGACAUUCAUUGGCUACGCAUCCGGGCGAACCCUGUCAAGUUGACGCUCUUCAAUUACGCCAGGCAGUGGGAAGAGAAGUUCACCAACUUCCUGCGGUCCUUCUGCGAGAGCCGCAUCGGCUCUGUGGUGAGGUUCAUCAGCAUGGUCAAGGGCGGCCUCGGGACGCCGUCCGCGGCGGACAACCCGGAAGACCAGCGGCUGCUGUACAAGACCAUGUCCCACAUCCGGGACGUUAAGCUGGCCAAGCAGGCGAUGGAGUUUCUCUUCCAGCCGCUGCGCGAACAGGUCCAGCUCCUGAAGCGGCACCAGGUCGCCAUCGACGACCACCGCCUCGCCCAGCUGGAGCAGGCGCCCGCGCACUGGCAGGAGGUCAUUCGGGCCGCCUUCAACGAGAAGGAGAAGAUCCUGCCGCUGCAGAGAGAGG